UUUUUUUCCUUCAAUUAUUUUUUAAAAGGAAACUUGCAUUUAUUUUGGUCUCCCCUUUUUCCCUUUUGAUUUAAUUGUGAAUCUAAACUUUUCUUUUUAUUGUACAAGUCUUUUUUAAUUGCAUCUCCUCAACAUGUCCACAACUACCUCAUCUCAACACAGUUCAUCAGGAGCCUUUUAUUGCCCAGAAUGUGGGGGCAAAUGGCAGAAUGACAAAUUCUGGAUACAGUGUGACCAUUGCUCCGAAUGGUAUCAUGGUGACUGUGUUGAUGUUCAAGCCCACCAAUCAAUUUCAAUAGAUAAAUUUUAUUGUUUCCACUGUGAAUCUGAAGUUGGUCCUUCGACAAAUAAAAAGGUAACAAAUAACCAUCGUCACAAUAUCUACGAGGAGGAACCAAGUGACAGAAUACAAUCUGGAACAACUGCCUUCAUUAUAAAGCUUAAAGCGAAAACUUUUGACACUGCCGAUUAUUCAACUGUACAAGGAAACCAAUUAACCGUAAAUUAUCUACUUAAACAUGGAUUCAAAAAGCCCAUUUUCGUUGAAAAUAAGAAUGGACUUGAUAUGAUUUUACCGCCCGAUGAUUUUGGUGUUGAACAGGUCAUCAGCCUAAUCGGUGGUUUUACUGAGCUUGAUGUUAUUGAUUCUAAACGUCAGCUUAAUGUACGUUUACCUCUUGUUGAAUUGGCUCGUUGUAUCAAUAAUGACCGACGAAAUCAGAUUUUAAACUGUAUCAGUUUAGAGGUUAGUAAAACCCGAUUAGGUAAAAUGAUUAAACCACCAGCGAUUGUAAAUAAAUUAAGCUGGGUUGAAAAUGGUUGGCCGGAAGUUGACAUGAAGCCAAACGUAUCCAAAUAUUGUCUCAUGUCGAUGCGUGACAGUUAUACCGAUUUUCAUAUUGAUUUUGGUGGUACAUCGGUUUGGUAUCACGUUCUGCUUGGUGAAAAGAUAUUCUACCUCAUUGAACCAACGCCCGCUAACUUAGCUGCCUAUGAACAUUGGAUGAGCCGAACAGAUCAGAAUGAAGUUUUCUUACCUGAUCGUUUGAAUGAUCCAAAUGAAUGUAAAAAAAUGAUCUUGCAACAAGGACAAACACUUUUUAUUCCCACUGGAUGGAUACAUGCAGUUCUUACUACGAAAGAUUCACUUGUUUUUGGUGGAAAUUUUCUUCACUCUCUUAAUAUAAAAUUACAAUUGGAAAUUUACGAUAUGGAAAAUCGCCUACGAAUUGAAAGUAAAUUUCUAUUUCCUUUCUUUGAACUGACCAAUUGGUAUGCGAUCCCAAUAAUCUGUGAAUUACUACAGCACAGUUUCUCGAAACGACCUCCGCCCUUAGAUGUGAUUGAAGGGGUUGAAUCUCUUGGAAUGUACCUGAAAAAAUGGAACGCCAAGAGUAAGGAAGAAAAUCCCCUGCAAAAUGGUGACUUUUCCCCUUAUGCACCAAGAGGAUUGUUCAAUACAAGGAAAUUAAUGAAUGAUUUGACUCGAAGCCUUCACGCUGCCCAGAAUCGACUUGGAAUCAAAAAGGAAAAUUCAAUCGAUGGAAUUGAUUAACUUCUAUACUUUAUAGAUGAUUCUCAUUUAUCCCCAACCCAAUUUAGUCCCAAUUAACUGACCAUUUAUCAUAAAAAAAUUCGUUAAUCAUAAUCAAUCAAUUCUACAAACGAGAUUUCGAAGUCACCGCUCAAACAUUUUACCGAUUUUCUAUUUGUUGUCAAGCAACCAGAUGAGAUGAACAUGCGGUCAUUUUUGUAUCAAUUAAUUCGUAUUAGAAUCUGUCUUUUUUUUCUGAUCUUUUUUAUCACAAUUUAAAUUAUCAUUAUUUUCGUCUCUAUUUACAAAAUAUUCUUUCCAUUUAUAAUCUGUAUCAUCACCUCAUCGUUUAAUUAAAUUGUGAAAAAAAUGGUUAA